CAAGCCCGAUGCCACUUCAAUCCCUAACUCCCUUGUGGGGCUAUUCGUCUCCGUACGUUACUUAACAAACACCAAUUUUCAAAGAGUGAUGUUUUCGUGUUAUUUAUGUAUUCAAAAACAAUGAUGGGUGGAUUUGACAUUAUCAUUUUUGUUACCAUUUCAUUUUGCUGUUUUGUUCGAAUGGCAAGCGGAAUUUCAUCGUUUGGAAAGGAGUUUUACAUCGGAAUCCCAGCGAAUUUGGUGCAAGAUAGAAGCAAUCAUAUCCAAUUAGACAUCGCUUCAAAGAUACCCGGAGAGGUCCGUAUAUUCAUUCCAUAUCUCUCAUUCAACAAGACGCAAACGAUCAACAAAAGCCUGAAAUUUACCUUCAAUAGCAAACUGGAACUUUUCACCACCGGCAAAGAAAGGAGGGGCAUUUACAUCUCAUCCAGUGUCCAUAUUUCGGUCUUUGUUACGAGUUACACUCUAGCAAGCGGGGACACGUUUCUGGCAUUUCCUCUUGACGUUCUUGGCACGGAAUAUGACGUCAUCGCGUAUACUGCGAAUUGGAAACCCGGUUUUCCUUCCGAGGUGGUCUUCGUUGCUCCAUUUAACGGGACGAUUGUGAACAUGACGAUAGGAAACCAAUCCACCGUUGUGACCCUCAACCAUCUCGACCUUUAUCAGAUGUUGACAACGACUGAGGACCUUACAGGAGCUAUUGUUACAUCGAACAAACCUAUAGCCGUGUUCUCGGCGGCAAGUUGCGACUUUAUUGGAAAUACGACCCAGCGUUGUAACAUGAAAUUUGCUCAGCUUCUGCCUACGGACGAAUGGGGAACAACCGCGAUCGUCCCACCGAUAGCACUUAACAGGCCUAUGGAAUUGCUUUUCUAUGGCUUGAAUGACACGGCCUCCUACUGUAUAGCCGGACAAUCGAUCGGUCAAUUCUGCUUCUCAGAGUCGAAGGGCGGGACUCUCUACCACACAUUCAGCAGUACGGCGGUAUCUGUACAAUCGGCCACAAACGAUAGAUUCGUCGCAAUCCUGUAUAAGCAACAAGAGGCUUUCAUGGCGCUGAUCCCGGCGAUAGAACAGUUUUCCACGGAAUAUUACGUCGUGUUUCCGGACAUAUACACGACACAGGCACAUUUUCUCACCAUUACAGUCCAAAAUGUGUCGGCGUCCGGUAUACUUUUAGACGGACAAUUGCCUCCCAAACCGAUGGCUGUCAUUCCUGUACCGUAUCCCUUUACAGACUACAUAAUUAUUACUUAUCAGAUGUUUUCAACCGGUUACCACACUAUCACACACCGUGACGGAAACGUGAGAUUUGGCGCGUUCUGCUAUGGCUAUGGCAAUUUUCAUAACCAUGUGGUAGAUGAUAUUGGGUUUGCAGCGUAUGGAUUCCCCGCCGGAUUUCACGAAGGACCCCCAAUAUUAGGAGUCACGUGUUUGAAUGGCGGCACUUCAUUGGGCACAACGUGUCUAUGUGCAAGUCGUUUUGCCGGAGAAUUCUGCCAAAUUGAUGCCGAUUGUACGUUUGACAUGGACACGUUGUGUUAUUGGACAAACCCGCGCUCAGUGGACAAUUUUGAUUGGGUGGUUCACCAUGAAAGCACGCCAACUGACGAUACAGGGCCCGAGAAUGACCAUACACUCGGUACAGCAAAUGGAGCUUACGUCUACAUCGAAUCAAGUGCCCCUCGUGUAAAAGACGAAAAGGCCUGGCUGCAAAGUCCCGAGUUCAAUCCUACAGGACCUCAAGGUCUCUGCCUCAACUUCUGGUACAGCAUGAACGGCGAGUCGUCCGGUCAGUUGAACGUGUACAAAGGAAACGGUAGUACGGCGGAGCGAGUUUGGACACUAACCGGCGAACAAGGGACCCAAUGGAAACAGGGGAUCGUUAAGCUGGUUUCGCAGGAGAAAUUCGUCGUAACGUUUGAAGCCACGGUCGGGGACGGUUACCUAGGCGAUAUUGCCCUUGAUGACAUCAGCUUCACGAGCGGCAUGUGCCUUCACUAUCCGAACCAGGCAACAUCAGCGUCCGGGAUACUAAUUGGGCGAUAGAAUGUACAUUGUCAUUGAUGUAAAUGAGUUCAUAAACGAACAUUCAUUUCAGAAAGAAGCUCAAUACUCCAUUUGUUAACCAAGAUUCGAUUGAUUGAGCUGAUUCAUGCUAUUCGGAUUACAAACUAUAACCAUC